AUGGCACUUCAUAGAGUUAUAAUACUAUUUACAAUACUCGUAUCAGUUAAUACUAAAGUACUCAAAAAAGACUAUGAAGUAAAAGAAAGCAUAGAUGACGGCGUUAAAAAUAUAGAUGAUGUUUUUAAUGGUGUCUAUACUGAAUGUUUUACAAAAUUAUCUUAUACGUGUAUCCAAAAAAAGACCUUAACAUAUUUGAAACAAUUAAACAAUUUGAGUGAGGUACCCGUUGUUGGGGAUUAUGUGAAAUUCGUAAGGCUUAAUACAACCAAAUUAGACAAAAACAAUGAAACAGAAGAACGAACUGAAGAAAAGGAUUCAGAAGAGUUGACACACAUGAUCGACAAGGCUAUUGAUAGUUUUUUUGAUAACCACGUUGUAAAAUUUAAUGCAUUGGGAAGAGAUUUUGCAAUUCCAAAGAAUGUGGAAGAAUUUGUUGGUAGAAAAAAACGAAAAGGUGGCGGCGGAGGUGGUGACAUGCUGGGAGGACACGACAGUGGCCAUUUUGGUCAUAAAAAGAUGAUGAUGAUGGCUAUGAUGUGUAUGAAGAUGAAAAUGAUGAUGAUGCUUCCAGCAAUGAUGGGAAUGAUGGGCAUGAUGUCUUUUAAAGGGAUGAUGUUCAGUAUGAUGUCAUUCAUGAUAUCUAAGAUGAUGUUGCUGAUGAAGAUUCUAGAAAAGAAAGGUGGAGCAGGUGGUCUUGGUGGAGGUGGAGGAGGCGGGAGUGAUGGGGGAUGGGCAGCCAGUGGUGGUUCGGGCGGCGCCUGGAUGCCAGCAGGUGGACAAGAUUUCGGCGGCGGCGGUGGAUAUGACGCAAAUGGACAAUGGCAGAGUAGAUCAAUAUUUGAAAACAAAGAAGAAAUCAUAGAAAAUAAACCUGUCAUAUCAUACGUAGCUCCUGUAGUGACUUAUAGCAAUCCAAAUAAGCUAUACAAAAAAGCUAAGAAUAAGGAUAAAAGUGUUUUAACAAAUGAAGAAGUAAAGACUUUGAGAAAAUCACGUAAGAAGAGAAGCAUAAUUGAUGCACUUCGAAAUUCUUACACUUAUUGGAUGAAACAACUCUUAGGAUUCAAUAAUAAGAACAGAAGAACAUCCAAUAUACCAAAAUACAAAAUUAUAAAUGGUGUGAAAUAUGUAUUUUAUCCGUAUCGUCAGCAGAAAUAUUAUAAACCUGCUAAAGAAACUCAGAACAAUAGAAUAAAGAAUAAUCAUGAAGAACCUACAGUUAUAACCGCUGAAGAUUUCAAUAAAGGAGAAAUUGUAGAGGGAGCAGUAGAAAGCCGAAUGAAUACGAAGAAAAUAAUGAAAAUUAAGGAUACAGUGAGUGAUACUUUAGACGAAAACCCAUGGGAAUGA